AUGGGAUCAUUCUUAUCCAGACAGGGUUUGAGAAGUGCCUAUGUUAAUGCAGGCCGUUCAUUGGCCUCAGCCAGUAGAUCUACCGGUGAAUCAGUACCAAAUGCAAUUUCCAAAGCAUCAGCAUCUCCAGCCACUGAUUUGAGUGCUUUAAAGCUCGACUCCAAUGGAUCAAAGGACUUGUAUGCCAUUUUCAGACUUCAUAACAUGCCAUAUUUGGUCACCAAAGGUGAUUCUGUCAUUUUACCAUUCAAAUUGAAAAACGUUGAAAUUGGAGAUAAAUUGGUGUUAAAUGACGUUACUGCACUUGGCUCCCCAGAGUAUACAUAUACCGAAAAGAAGGGGAUUUCACCAGACUUGUAUGAGUUGUCUGCUAGUGUUACCGAAAUAACUAGAGAACCUUACUAUGAAGUUCAAAAAAAGAAGAGAAGAUGUAGAAGAAUUAAAACGUUCCCAGUUUAUAAUUACCAAACUCACCUCACUAUUAAUGAAUUAAAACUUAAAUAA